GCAAUAAUAAGAGGGUCUAUCAUGCUCCGACAGGUAUCAUCGAUGAAACGUGCAUUUUUCGGGCACCGGUGGCUAUCAUCAACACCGGCUCCAAAAAUAAAUCCGGCUAUACUAGCCAACAUUAAAGCUUCUGAUCGAUACAAGCCUGGUGAUAAGUAUAAUGGCUUCAUCUGCGUCCAGGCACAGUACAUCGCAGACUACAACAUGACCGCGUAUAUGUUUCAGCACGAAAAGACCGGGCUCGAAUAUUUGCAUAUAGACCGACAGGAUAACAAUAACGUGUUCUCGAUCAAUUUUCGCACAACGCCAUUCGAUUCGACGGGGCUGCCCCACAUUCUCGAGCAUAAUGUGUUGUGUGGUUCGCAAAGGUUUCCUGUCCGUGAUCCUUUUUUCAAGAUGUUAAACCGCAGCCUGGCCACGUUUAUGAAUGCAAUGACCGGACCGGAUUACACGCUGUAUCCCUUUAGCUCGACAAAUGAAACCGAUUACCGUAAUCUGCAGGCCAUUUACAUGGACGCUGCAUUCCGUCCAAAUCUGAAGUAUCUGGACUUUCUACAAGAGGGUUGGCGCCUGGAGCAUGCCGAGCUACAAAACCGACAAUCUGAAUACGUAUUUAAAGGAGUCGUGUACAACGAGAUGAAAGGCGCCUUUUCCGAAAACUCUGCGAUAUUCGGUCAAAAGUUCUUCAACAAGAUCUUACCGGAUCACACGUACGGCCACGUGUCUGGAGGCGAUCCACUUGAUAUUCCUCAACUUCGGCACGAGGAUUUGGUCAAUUUCCAUCAGAAGUACUACCACCCAAGUAACGCUCGCAUUUUUAGUUAUGGAAAUUUCAACCUGGAUAAAACGAUGGCGUUCGUUGACGAACAUUACCUGACGGACUAUGAACGCAUCGAUACUCGUUAUAGCGUGAUUCCGCCGCAAACUCGUUGGACGAAGGCGAAGAAAGAUCAUGUGCGCUGCCGUUAUGAUACUAUGGGUGCUCCGCUCGAGAAACAAAAUCAAAUCGCCAUCGGUUACUUGAUGACGGACAUUAAAGAUGUGUAUGAAACAUUUUUGAUGCAUAUACUCACGGAGCUCCUAGUGAAAGGACCGAAUUCAUUUUUCUACAAAAAUCUUAUCGAACCGAACAUUUCCGGCGGAUACAACCAGCUGACGGGAUUUGAUUCACACAUCCGCGACACGAUGUUUGUGGUGGGACUUCAGGAUUUGCCAGUGGAGGAUUUUGACAAGGUAUCCAAAAUAUUCGACCGCACGGUGGAAGAGGUAAUCGAAAAGGGGUUCGAGCAAUCGCACAUCGAAAGUGUACUCCACAGUAUCGAGCUCACAAUGAAGCAUCAGACAACCAAAUUUGGCCUAGGGUUGCUCUUCAACCUAACACCACUGUGGAACCAUGGUGGGGAUCUGAUACGAGCGAUGAAUGUUAGUGAGUCCGUUAAGAAAUUGAGAGAAAAUUUGGCGCAGAACCCAAAAUAUCUGCAACAGAAAUUGGAGUAUUACUUCCGUAACAACAGGCAUCGACUUACUAUGACAAUGUCACCGGACGAAAACUACGAGAAGAAUUUUAUGGCUGCCGAAGCUAAUAGCCUUAAGCAAAAGGUAGCCCAGUUGAACGAAACAGAUAAAGAUCGCAUUUACAGGGAAGGGAUCGACCUUUCGGACGCCCAAAAGGCACACCCCAACACGGACAUUUUGCCGUGUUUGAAGCUGAGUGAAAUCGAGAAAAAAAUUCCCGCAACAAACGUCGAGCAAACACUAGUGGCAAACGUGCCAACGCAACUCUGUCGCGUGGACACAAACGGCGUUGUGUACUUUCGUGGCAUUUUAGAUGUAAAUGGCUUGUCCCCAGAGCAGAAAUUGCUUCUUCCACUGUUCAAUACCAUCGUCACACAAUUUGGCACAAAGGGCAUAAACUACCGAGAGUUCGAUCAACUGAUUAGCGCGAAGACUUCGGGCAUUGGUUUCUCCACUCAUCUUGUAGAGAAUGUGCACAACAUGCAGCAAUAUGAAUUUGGGCUCUACUUCGGAACGUAUGCGCUAGAUAAAAACGUACCGGACAUGUUCGACAUCCUGCGGCGUAUAUUCAACGAACUCGAGAUGAACGAUGUCAAAAGAUUUGAAAUGCUACUAGAGAACUAUCUAUCGGACAUGUCCGUUGGCAUCGCACAAUCGGGCCACAUGUAUGCGAUGCAGAACGCAAAUGGAUUGGUUACAGAAUCGGGCCGUUUGAGGGAACGGUUGAUGGGCAUUGAACAUAUGUCGUUCAUGAAAGAUUUAGCACAGCGUCAUUCGGCGGAAGAAAUUCUUAACAAAUGCCGCUCUAUUGCAAAGCUAUUCGAAGAGUCCGGAAUGCGCUGCGCACUUAACUUUACGCCCACCUCGGAAGAUCAAGUGGUGGGCAAUUACAAGUCGUUCAUCGAAAACAUUGCAUUUCGAAGCACCGCUAAGGUGUGGAACGUUUCGGAACCGCUAGCGGAGGCCUCUUGUCGCCACACAAUCAUGAACAUUCCUGUUAACUAUUGCGCCAAAUCUAUUGUAGCUGUGCCAUAUACACAUCGCCAUUACGCACCACUCAAAGUGCUUGCAAAAUACCUUUCAGCCAAGUACCUACUCCCCGUCGUGCGAGAACAAAAUGGUGCGUAUGGCGCAGGAGCAAAGAUCACGUCGGACGGCUUGCUUAAUUUUUUCAGCUAUCGCGAUCCCAAUUCCCGUGUUACAUUAGAUGUGUUCGAUGAGGCAUUUGAUUGGAAUAUACGCACCAUCCCUCGGAUGGAUGAACAGACGCUGUUUGAAGCUAAAUUGGGCGUGUUACAACAACUGGACGUACCGAUUGCGCCCCGCGAGCGAGGCAUGGAUUUAUUCCGGCAAGGAAUUUCCGACGAGCUGUUCGGGAAACACCGAGCACAAGUAUUGGAUGUGAGCAAGGAUCUACUGUUGGAAGUCAACGAACGUUAUCUGAAACCAGGAGCCGUGGCAAUCGUCGGAAGAUCAGUGUUGGGACCAGAAAAUAAGUCUCUCCCAAAGCAGGGCGAACGAUGGACGACUUUUGUGUUGUAGAGUUAACGCCAUAGAAGCAUCGAAAUUAUAAAAAUGUACUUUUUUCAUUAAACUCCAUAUAUGUGGUAAAA